AUCCCAUUUACAGAUUUACUAUGUUUUAUUGCAUGAUGUUAACCAUUAUUAACUGUAAACAUUAAACGUCCUCCUUUUCUAGAUAUUUUCAGAAGUUCCCAACAGUGAAUAUAAAUUGGAGCUCAAAAGCAAAGAUUAGCUGAAAAAGAAAGAAAAAAGUGAAAGCAGAUUAAAGAGAGUUCAAUUGGAACAACUUUUAGAGAAAGAGAGAGAUUGUAUUGAAGCAUUAUAGACAAAAAGUUAAGGGCUUAAAGGCAGAUAACUAUGGUGAACGCAAUUCUUUAUCAUCAAACUUCACCACUGCUUCUCUUCCAAUGUUGUUCAUCCUCUCAUCCUCCUCAUAUUCCCAGGGGAUUGCCUGGAAAGCUGACAUUAAAUUGCUCUAUCAAGAGCCCUCCUAAUAAAGUUAUUGCAAGUCAUAUUGUUUCAGGCCUUGCAUCUUUGAUAUUUUUGUCUCAAACAAACCAGGUUCUUGCUGCUGAUUUAUCUCAUCACCCCAGCAUCUGCCAGCUUGCAAGUGCCACGGAUAAUGAACUAACUCUACCCCUUGAAGAAGAUUCUGGUGAAGGAAAUGGAAAGCUAAUGAUGAUGAGAGGGAUGACAGCAAAGAACUUUGAUCCUGUUAGAUAUUCUGGAAGGUGGUUCGAAGUAGCAUCACUCAAACGCGGAUUUGCAGGACAGGGUCAAGAAGACUGUCAUUGCACUCAGGGAGUUUAUACAUUCGACAUGAAAACACCUGCUAUACAGGUUGAUACGUUUUGUGUUCAUGGAGGGCCGGACGGGUAUAUUACCGGAAUAAGAGGAAAGGUUCAAUGCCUUUCAGAUGAAGAUUUGGUGAAGAAUGAAACUGAUUUAGAAAAGCAAGAGAUGAUUAAAGAGAAGUGCUACCUUCGUUUCCCUACAUUGCCUUUCAUCCCCAAAGAACCUUACGAUGUGAUUGCUACCGAUUAUGACAAUUUCUCCCUUGUUUCAGGAGCAAAAGACACAAGUUUUAUCCAGAUCUACUCAAGAACACCAAAUCCGGGACAUGAGUUCAUAGAGAAGUACAAAUCGUACUUGUCAAAUUACGGAUAUGACCCAAGCAAAAUCAAGGACACCCCACAAGAUUGUCAAGUGAUGUCCAACAGUCAGCUAGCUGCUAUGAUGUCCAUGCCUGGGAUGCAACAAGCUCUAACAAACGAAUUCCCUGAUCUUGAACUAAAGGCUCCUGUUGCAUUUAACCCUUUUACGAGCGUAUUUGACACUUUGAAGAAGCUGCUUGAGCUUUACUUCAAAUAGAUGUUCAAACUUCCAUAAACACCAUUUUAUUUUCCGUAUUUCAGAAUGAAAUUAUACAGAUGACAGUGUAAAUCAGUAAAGUUAUAUCAUCAUUUGAGCUGGUAGUGGAAGUUUAUCCAAUUUAUAGGCAGAUUUAAUACACGAAA